CGAAUCGAUUGGGGGGGGGGGGGUGAAGAAGACGCCAACCCUUAGCAAUGGCGGGAAUUGCUCUGUCCUUGAGAAGCCGGUCGAGGUUAGCGUCGUCUCUCCUCGUCGUCGCCAGGCUCCCGGCGGCCGGAGGAGGCGAAGGAGCACAGGUGUUGCGGAGGGUCGCGGCUCUGAGGCCCGUCUGGCCGGCCGCCCCUCCGCUGUGGAGGCCUCGCUGCACGGCCGCGACGGGGGAGUUGACCCCGGCGGCCCCUGACCCCCUGGCCCACCUGCGGCAGAACCCCUGGGAGUAUCUGGACAGCGAAGAAUAUAUCGAGCGCUAUGGGGAGAUUCCCAUCUGGAAGGAUUACAGACGGAACCACAAAGGUGGAAUCCCUCCCCAGAAAACACGCAAGACCUGCAUCAGAGGAAGUAACGUCUGUUCAAACCCGUGCCCGGCUUGCCGAGACCCAAAGAUCAUAAUGGACUUCAAGAACAUCCGUCUUCUGCAGCAGUUUAUUUGCCCACACCAAGGCAUUGUGUUUGACCCGUCGCUAACCGGCCUCUGCCAAAGGCAGCAUAAGAAUCUGCUGGCGGCGAUUAAGAAAGCCCAAGAUUACGGGCUGCUGCUGAUGGAGCUGCCGCUGCUCGCCGAGCCGGCGACGCCGGAGGACUUCACGAACGCGCACGGUGCCGUGUCGCUCACCCCCCCGCCGCCCCACGGCGCCGGCGGAUCUCCCGGCGAGCCGCGUGAGCCGUGGUACCCGUGGUACGCCUGGAGGCAGCCGCCCGCCCGCGAUGUGGAGAAACUACGCAAGCUCUACAAGGGAUUCCUCAAGAAAGACUGACGAUGACGGCGACACUGGUGAUGGUCGUGGAUGACGAGGAUGACGACGCUGAUGAUGAUGACGAUGAUGAUGAUGAUGACGAUGAUGACGAUGAUGAUGAUGACGACGAUGAUGAUGAUGACGACGAUGACGCUGAUGAUGAUGAUGACGACGAUAAUGACGACGAUGAUGAUGAUGACGACGAUGACGACGACGACGAUGAUAACGACGACGACGAUGAUGACGAUGACGACGACGAUGAUGACGAUGCUGAUGAUGACGAUGACGACGAUGAUGACGACGAUGAUGACGAUGAUGACGACGAUGAUGACAACGAUGAUGACGCUGAUGAUGACGACGCUGAUGACGACGCUGAUGAUGACGCUGACUACGACGAUGACUACGACGAUGACGACGCACCGCUGACAUCGGAGAUUAGCGGCGAGCCGAAAACUAGGAGGGGAUACGGCAAAUGUAACGAUGAUAAUGUUUUUGAUAUGGUGCCUUUUUACUCCGGGCGGGCGGGGGGGGGGGGGGGGUCGUAUCGGAGCCCUUUGCACGCAAUGCGCGACCGACUUGCAUCUCGUCUCAAACAUUUAUCAAGGAUGCCCCCGGUGGCAGCUGUCCACGCGCAGCCAAAGCGACUCGGCACUUGUCCUGCGAGCGGGCAUCAGUCUGCCGCCAGUAGGGAUGAUUGCUCUGUGUAAUCCCAGCUGAGUGAUUAUCGUGCAGAGGUUGGUACUUCCUGCUCAGUGUCACCUUGUCCAUUACUCGUUUGGUUCUUUCGGUAAAGUCGCGUAUAAAGAGAAAGCAAUACAUUAAAGACUAGCAUACGACGUUUCGAUUGCAACACAAGCAAUCGUCAUCAUCAGAUAUAAAUUAAAUAGAAACACAAAUCUAGUAGACUUAGAAAUGUAAUGUAAUACAACAGAGAGUCGGAUAACAUAACAGUCAACACCCUACCUGGUUGAUUACGUUCUUCCUGAGAAUGCAAAAUUUUAGAGAGAGAUAAACCACAGAACCAGAGACAUAAGUAGAGACAGAUAUCACAGAGAUACAUACAUAGGCACACAGAGAAACCACGCCUCUGUCGAGGCCUUAAAUAGAGAGAGGGGGCGGAGAGAGGGAGGGGUUAGAUAAAUUAGCAUGUCAAUGAGUGGCACGGUGAUGAUUGCUUGUGUUGCAAUCGAAACGUCGUAUGCUAGUAUUGAAUUUAUUAUUUUCUCUUUCUACGUGACUUCACCGAAAGAACUAAAAGAGUAAUUCCUGCAGUCACGAAAGCUCCAAAUGAACCUUGUCCUUUGUUGAACCAGGAGAUGAAAUAAAAAAGCGAUUGUGACUCGUGAAACUUUG